AUUGGCCUCUUGUAAGUACAGAAAUAAGGUCUCCCUUGUUUAUUGCUUUUACUGGGAAGCUGGUGUUCUUGUUGCAGAUGAGACCCAUGUUGUGGUCACAGGCUUCCAGGGUUAAAGUCAAUUGAAAGGUAGCUUGUUUUGGAGGCAGUGAAAGAAGGUAGCUCUCCUGGAGUGCCAAAUAUUGAUAGCUGAUGAAGGAAAAGAGUGUUUUUGUUGUUAUAAAAUGGCCUGUAAUGCAUAGCUCAGUGUGGCAUGUCAGGCCUGUUAUGGGGAGGGAAGAACCAUCUUGCCCUGCAGAAAUGGGUCCCAAGGGCCUGUGAUGCUUCAGGGCCCACCCGAGCCCUGAAGGAGACACCGAGAUACCCUCUGGCACCCUCAAAAGAUUUUCCCUUCUAUCUUGUCUGUGGGGUGUUCCCAACAAAGUGGCAUUUGCUCCCGAAAAUGCUCUGAAGGCAGAGAAAGUGCUGGUAACUGGGUGCUGUAGAGCAAACAAAACUUAUAGUGGCAUUUUCAGUCAUUGCAACUAAUUGUUCUGCAGUCCCAAUCCAUUCAGAGGUGGUUUUCAUCAUCUUUUGUGUCCUCUGGAUCCCAACGUACAGCAAAUUCCCCUCACUGACCCUGUUCUUUCUGCACUCCCUUAGAGUAUGUUGCUGCAUUUAGCAAAGUAUUCAAAUGACCUUGUGUUUAGAUAUAUCUAUAUAUAUAUCUCAUCACAUUGCCUCCAGCACGGUCAAGUCACAUAAAAGGCCUAUUGCACGUUUUGUUGGUAGUGAGAAACAGAGGUUUUGCCCGUCAAACACAGCAAAAGUUAGUUAUUUAAUCCAGGGUAGCCUUUAUGUGCCAAUAUUCAGGAUUGGAGUAAGGUUGGAAAAACAUGAUCUCAGUUUCUGUCUUCAUUGCUUAUCUGUUGGCACAGCUUUUUAACAUCAGCAAAUAAAAGAUGGGUAUUUUGGGGGAUGAAUAGGAUGGGACUAUCUCAGUUAUUAAAGCCAAUGGAUAAUUUUUCACAGUAUAACUUUCCAUAUGAAAAAGCAAGUUAAUUGAAUUUAAGCCAUCUAGUAGAAAUGUGCUGAUUCCAACAACAUUUUCCAGCAGCAAAAAAAGAAGUUGAAAUAUUUUGUUUGGACAGUAUCAAAACCCCAGCAGAAGCAGAAUAUUUCUGUUCCAUCACUUAAAUUAAUUUCAUGUAAUGUAGGCCAUACAUUUUAAUAUUGUAUUGUCUUUGUAGAUUGUAUAAUUCCAUGCAUGUGCAGUGCAUAGUCUAAGAAGUGCAUAGGAAUGAAGAGAGUCGCUGGAGUGAAACACUGUAAUGGCCCUAAACUGAUUGCUGGGAGGAAAUGUUGUUUCUUGGCAAACCCAAGAAUUCUAGCUUUUUAUGCAGAAUCCCUUAAUGUCAGGAUUUCCCAAGUAAUGGAAAUAGCAGUUCUCAGCCAGCUCUGCUCAGGAUGUGGUCUGUGUUAAUUAUUCAUCGGAGGCAGAUAUAAUUGGAGAUAACUCAGAGGAAACCUGGGGUAACACCACGGCAUUAAAGUCAUGUCACAUUUCCAGGCUGGCUGGGGACUCGGAGCAGAGGGGGACGGACAGACACCCCUCUGAAAGACUGCCAUGGUCUGACAGGGGCUCAGGGUGUGUCCCAGGCCCUGCAGCUCUGUGUGUGUCCCCAAGACCCAGUGUAACCGCUGCAAAAACCCUGUAGAGCCCCAAAGCUCUUCGUGGCUCUUGGCUCUGCCUUGCAGCUGCUAAAGCAAUAACGGGGCUGCUGCUGCUGCCAGGAGCCAGAAUCAGCUCUUGUUUGCUUUGGUUAGCGAAAAUCCUGAAAUCCUUACAGCAUAUAGAAUCAUAGAAUGUCCUCAGUUGAAAGGGACCCACACUGAUCAUAGGACAACCCUGAAAUUCACACCAUGUGUCUGAGGGCGUUGUCGAAAUGCUUCUUGAAUAUUGAAUAUUUAGAAAGGCGUGUUAUGACAGCACAAGGGGUGAUGGUUUUGAACUAAAAGAGGGGAGAUUCAGGUUAGACAUUAUGUCUAAAAGCUGUUUUCUGUCAAAAAGGGUUUUGAUGGAAAAUAUUUUACUAAAUCUAUUUGAAGCUGAUACAAAGUGUUGCCAAGAAAGAGGGAAGGAAUAAACCCUGUGGCAGCUACUCAGCACAUUAAAGAAAAUGUCACCCGACUUUCCAGAGCCUCAGGAGGGUGGUUGGGUCGCCCUGAUGCUGGGGCAGCCACAGGUAAAUGUUAAGCUAAUAAAUAAAUCUUCACAUAGCAGGAGAAUAUAACCUUCAAACUGGCAUAAAGCUUUCCAAAUAUCAUUUGGCCUGUUUUCUUUAAAGGAAGGAAGGCUCUUAAUUCCAGCAUUCCAACCCAAAAUAGAUGUUUCUAAGAAUAUCCCAUCCCCAUCGUGGGGCAGGGUGCCGUCAGGAGGAAAAAGGGUUGGGGGAAAUGAGAAGUGUUUUCCCUAAAUAGCCAGCCUGGAAUUGCAAAGUGAUGGGUUUCAACUCUGACCACGGUGAUCGCUCCCGGAGCAUUCAAGCCCGUUGGGGUGACUUGGAGCUGCUGAUGGCCCCUUGGAUGGGGACCAGAGUGGCUCAGCAGCUCUGUGGGUUGAUGGAGCCAUUCUGUAGGGACCUGCAGUGGAUUUGCAUUGGUGUCCUCCCCACGCAGUCACUGGGGCCAGGGGAGGCUGAAAACCCACAGGGAUGCAGUCUGGAGCAUGGAGAAGAUGCCCCGGCUGUGGUCCGUGUGUCCCGGCAGAGAAAUGAAAGUGUCCCGUGGAAAAAAUGCGGUUGGACGGUGUGACCUGCUGAAGUCUCUUCCACUGACACGUCCCUGAAAUAGCAGCGUUCCAAAAUGGAGCUGGUCGGCUCUCCCGUAUCAUCGACAUUUGCCCAUCCAAGAUCAACACCUUCCAAGUUCCUGCCUGCCAUCAGCACCAUGGCUUCAAGCUACAAGAACUGCUUUCCUUACUACCCCUUGCCUCAGAGCUUCAGCCUCCCCUGGAUGCCCAAAUCUUACUAUAAAACAGCUGCCAUCAACCCAACUUUGGCUCCCUUCUCCAAGAGCUCCCAGGGGCAACCCCCCAGCAAGAUGCUUCCUUUCGUUUCCAACAGAAGCACCCUCUUUACCCGGUACACCCCCGAUGACUGGUACAGGUCCAACCUGACCAACUACAAAGACUCGGAGACUUCCCGACGCAACGCGGAAUGUCUGAGAGUCGAUACCACCCGCCUGAUUCAGGAUAAAUAUCAGCAGACAAAGAAAACCCAAGGAGAAAGCACCAAAAACCUGGGAGAACGUGUCAAUUAUAUUGAAUUUUGGAAAUCGGAGCUCCGCCAUGAGCUGGAUGAGAUGAUCGGGGAGACCAACGCGCUCACCGACGUCAAGAAACGACUGGAGAGAGCCUUGGCCGAGACGGAGGCCCCACUUCAGGUCGCUCAGGAGUGCUUGCUUCACCGGGAGAAGAGGAUGGGCGUCGAUUUAGUCCACGAUGAGGUGGAGAAACAGCUCUUCACAGAAGUCGAUGUCAUCAGGUCCUGCCAGGAGAGGAUGCAGCGGUACCUGGACAGGGCGAAAGCCCAGCUGGCGUCCAACAGGGCAGCCCAGCAUGAGGUGGAGAAGGACCUGGCCAACAAGCAGACGGCCCACCGCAUCGAUGACAAGUGUCACCACCUGAGAAACAGCUCCGACGGCAUCAGCUACUACCGAGGGGUGGAGCGGUUCGAUGCCACAAUUUCGGUGCCGGAGUCAUGGGCCAAAUUCACAGAUGACAACAUCCUCCGCUCCCAGAGCGAACGGGCGGCCUCGGCCAAGCUGCGGGAUGACAUCGAGAACCUGCUGGUGGUGACGGCCAACGAGAUGUGGCGCCAGUUCAACACAGUGAACGUCGCCUUUACCAACCGCAUCGCCGAGACAGCCGAUGCCAAGAACAAGAUUCGGACCCACCUGGCUAAGACGCUGAAGGAAAUCUUCGAGAUGGAGAUGAACAUAGAAGCCCUCCGAAAAGCCAUUAGGGACAAAGGGCCUCCAUUAAAGGUGGCUCAGACCCGGCUGGAUGAGCGGACACGGAGACCAGAUGUGGAGCUGUGCCGGGACCCUCCCCAGAUCCGCCUUGUCAACGAGGUCCACGAGCUUGACGAGACGAUCCAGGGCCAUCAGCAGCGGCUGAGAGAUGCUGAGGACAUGUUGCAAAUGCUGGUUCAUGCCAAAUCGAUUUUGGAGCACGACCUGGCCAUCAAAACCAACUCGCUCUUCAUUGACCAGGAGAAGUGCAUGGGGAUGCGCAAGACCUUUCCCAGCACCACCCGGCUGGUGGGUUAUGUUUAGGCCGGGCUUAGCCAAACUCAGGCUAUCUGUUGCAGGAGGUAUUUCCAAUUUUGCUAGGAUACAUUCCCAUUUUUGCUAAGAUACUUUGAAAAUACAUGAUUAGACUUUCACUUCCUGAUGAAAAACAUGAGUAGAAAUUAAAUGAUGACUUUGUGCGUUA